AUGGCUAGACUUGGGCUGCAGCUGGCGCUGCUGCUGCUGGCCGCGCUGCUGGUGGCGGCGGGGGGCGGCACGCCGGUGCAGCGCGGGGGCGGCGGGGGCGGGCGCCCCGCCACCGACGCGCCGUCGCUGCCCGGCCUCCACAUCGGGCUCAUCACACCGCACACCAACUUCGGGCGGCGCGAGUAUGUGCGCGCCGUCAACUCGGCCACCAGCUCGCUGACGCGCUCGCGGGGCCCCAAGUUCGCCUUCCUCAGCAAGUACAACUUCCGAGCCGAGCACGUCCACAGCACCCCCAUGCCGCUCACACCCAGCCCCAUGACCAUUCUGUCGUCCCUGUGCACUGAGUUCCUGUCGGUGAACGUGUCCGCCAUCCUGUACCUGAUGAACUACGAGAAGUACGGCCGCAGCACGGCGUCCGCACAGUACUUCCUGCAGCUGGCCGGAUACCUCGGCAUCCCGGUCAUCGCCUGGAAUGCUGACAACUCCGGCCUGGAGCGUAGGGCGUCGCAGUCGAGCCUGCAGCUGCAGCUGGCGCCGUCGUUGGAGCACCAGACGGCGGCCAUGCUGAGCAUCCUGGAGCGCUACAAAUGGCACCAGUUCUCCGUCGUCACCAGCCAGAUCGCAGGACACGACGACUUCGUGCAGGCGCUGCGCGAGCGCAUCACCGAGAUGCAGGACCGCUUCAAGUUCAACAUCCUGAACACGAUUCUGGUGACGAAGCCGGGCGACCUGCAGGAACUGGUGAACUCGGAGUCGCGCGUCAUGCUGCUCUACUCGACGCGCGAGGAGGCGGUGCACAUCCUGAAGGCUGCUCGCGACCUCAAGAUCACAGGCGAGAACUACGUGUGGGUGGUCACGCAGAGCGUCAUCGAGAACCGCGAGACACCCUCGCACUUCCCCGUCGGCAUGCUGGGUGUGCACUUCGACACGAGCAGCUCGUCGCUGGUGAACGAGAUCACGACGGCCAUCAAGGUGUACGCGUACGGCGUGGAAGACUUCGUUAACGACGCCCGCAACGCCGAUCUGUCGCUCAACACGCAGCUGAGCUGCCACGGCGCCGGAGAUUCGCGCUGGAAAACCGGCGACCGCUUCUUCCGGUACCUCCGCAACGUAAGCGUCGAAGGUGAACAGGGCAAGCCCAACAUUGAAUUCACGCCGGAGGGCGUUCUAAAGGCGGCCGAGCUGAAGAUCAUGAAUCUGCGGCCCGGAGUCAGCAAGCAGCUCGUCUGGGAAGAGAUCGGCGUGUGGAAGUCGUGGCAGAAGGAGGGCCUCGACAUCAAGGACAUCGUGUGGCCGGGCAACAGCCACACGCCACCGCAGGGCGUGCCCGAGAAGUUCCACCUGAAGAUCACCUUCCUGGAGGAGCCGCCCUACAUCAACCUGGCGCCGCCCGACCCCGUCACCGGCAAGUGCAGCAUGAACCGCGGCGUGCUCUGCCGCGUCGCCAACGACGUCGAAAUGGCGGGGGUGGAACUGCCGAGCGCGCACCGCAACGGCAGCCUCUACCAGUGCUGCUCGGGCUUCUGCAUAGAUCUGCUGGAGAAGUUCGCCGAAGAGCUGGCCUUCUCGUACGAGCUGGUGCGCGUCGAGGACGGCCGCUGGGGAACCAUCGAGAACGGCAAGUGGAACGGUCUGAUAGCUGACCUGGUGAACCGCAAGACGGACAUGGUGAUGACGUCUCUGAUGAUAAACUCGGAGCGUGAGAACGCCGUGGACUUCACGGUUCCCUUCAUGGAGACGGGCAUCGCCAUCCUGGUCGCCAAGAGAACUGGCAUCAUCUCGCCUACCGCUUUUCUGGAGCCUUUCGAUACAGCUUCGUGGAUGCUGGUGGGAGCCGUGGCGAUCCAGGCGGCAACCUUCACCAUCUUCCUCUUCGAGUGGCUCAGCCCUUCCGGCUUCGACAUGAAGCAGCAAGCGGCGCCGGCGCCCAACCACCGCUUCUCGCUGUUCCGCACCUACUGGCUGGUGUGGGCAGUGCUCUUCCAGGCCGCCGUCCACGUCGACUCGCCACGGGGAUUCACCGCACGGUUCAUGACGAACGUGUGGGCGAUGUUCGCCGUGGUGUUCCUCGCCAUCUACACUGCCAACCUGGCGGCCUUCAUGAUCACCAGAGAGGAGUUCCACGAGUUCUCCGGCAUCGACGACCACAGGCUAGCGAAACCUUUUAGCCACAAACCCAUGUUCAAGUUCGGAACGAUCCCAUGGAGCCACACAGACUCAACACUUCACAAGUAUUUCAAAGAAAUGCAUGCCUACAUGAAGAAUUUCAACCGGUCAACGGUUGCAGAGGGCAUCGAGAGCGUUCUAAGUGGCGAGCUGGACGCCUUCAUCUACGAUGGGACGGUGCUGGACUACCUGGUUGCGCAGGACGAAGACUGCCGCCUGCUCACCGUCGGCUCCUGGUACGCCAUGACGGGCUAUGGCCUCGCCUUCACACGCAACUCCAAAUACGUACAGAUGUUCAACAAGAGGCUACUCGACUUCAGAGAAAAUGGGGACCUGGAGCGCCUGCGACGUUACUGGAUGACGGGCACGUGCAAGCCCGGUAAACAGGAGCACAAGUCUAGCGACCCGCUGGCGCUGGAGCAGUUCCUGUCGGCGUUCCUUCUGCUCAUGUCGGGCAUCCUGCUGGCCGCCGUGCUGCUGCUGCUCGAGCACCUCUACUUCAAGUACGUGCGCAAGCACCUCGCCAAGACCGACCGCGGAGGCUGCUGCGCCCUCAUCAGUCUCAGUAUGGGCAAAUCACUGACCUUCCGCGGAGCAGUCUAUGAAGCUCAGGACCUGCUAAGACAUCAUCGCUGUUCAGAUCCGCUCUGUGACACACACCUCUGGAAGGUCAAACACGAGCUCGACUUAGCCCGUCUAAAAAUCAGGCAACUGCAAAAGGAGCUGGAAUCCAGAGGGAUCAAACCCAGUCAAAGAAAGAAGAAACGAGGCAGAAGCUGGGCAUCCUGUUUGAAUUGCAACGAGCUGCCUGCAGAUCGUCAAAUUAUGGACAGUACUGAUGUCCUGAAACACCGAGACAUGACAAGAAAUCAUAUUACUUCCACAGAGUAUUCUGGUCGCUUUGAUGGCAGUAACCAGUUGUUCAGGCCAUGCAGAACAGAAAUAGCAGAAAUGGAAACUGUACUGUGAUUCAUGUGCUAAUUGGUGUGUUGGCUGGUCCAAUAUAUUUUCUCAUAGCAACAGUAAAGCAUUCCUCAACCAACGAAAUGAAAUUUGUGAGAUAAUCUAAUGCUGAUAAAGACAAGCUAACUUUGUACACAUAACACUUCAUGAAAGGUGUAAAUAUUUUAGUGGAAAAAAGAAACAGAGCAGCAGCAAAAAUACAUUAUGUAGAAAAUCAAGAAAAUGGUUUUCAGUUAAAAAAAAAUUGCUACCUAAUAUUGGGCAGUGUAUGGUAAUAAAUAAAAUGCAUGUACUAAAGAGGGUAAACAUAACAUAUUUUUUGUGAAUCUGUGCAUUUGCAUGUGUGUGUGUGUGUGUGAGAGAGAGAGAGAGAGAGAGAGAGAGAGAGAGAGAGGAAGAGAGAGAGAGAGAGAGAGAAAGAGAAAGAAAGAGAGAGAGAGAGAGAGAGAGAGAGAGAGAGAGAGAGAAUACACUUGCAUCCCCCCAGAUGAUCACCUUGUGUGCACCUCCAUAUUUCAAUUACACAAAUUAUUGUUUUAUUGUAUUAUGAACCACGGAAUUUGCAUUAUUUUAGACAGCUUUUAACCAUAUGAUAUGUAACAACUGAAAUACCACAUAAUCAUUUGUUUAAUUGUGCAAUGAAAAACCAAAAUGCUCAAAAAAUCAAAAUGGUGCUACCCAUGUAAUAAUGAGACAGCUGAAUUUCAGUUGCAAAUCCAACAGAAUAUGUUAACUGUUCUUGUUCAUGCACAUGUGCCAUGUUAUGACUUACAGUUGUUGUUAAAUUACUAUUUUUAAUGUUGUUAAUGUCAUGAGCAUCUAUGUUCUUAUGUCAUAUACAUUAAAAUACAGCACUAAGAGUCACAGCAUUUUGAAUGAGAAGAAAUUUCUCAGUACUUACAAGACACAGAAGUUUGUGAGUGGACAUGAACAUAAUGUCAUAGUUGUCAUCUAUCUGAUUGAUUUGAUCACUGAGCAAUUACUAAGAAAAACAUAUAUUUUAGGUUUAGAAAUUUAUAAAGCUUCCACAGAAGAGCUGUAUAACUGAAAUAUGUUUUCUAUUUUAUUCUUUGCUGAUUCAGUGUGAAUCCUUGGGCUAAAUUAAAAUAUCUUAUUGUCACACAAUGUUCAUUUAUUUUAAAAAAUGAAUUAAAAUGUUCAAUACAAUGUCCUGAUGUUCAUUUGAGACUACUUGAUUUGUAACCAUGUAACAGUAAGUUGGUUAACAGGAGCACUAGAAUUAUGACUAUUGUUAAUAUUAUGUGUAACACAGUGUACUUCCAGUAAUGACAAAGAAAUAAGACAGCAUAAUUAAUUCUUACAGAGAAACAAUGAGCAAUAUGAAACAUACAUGACAGGAGUGUGUUAAUUCCAAAUGCUAUGGCUUCCAUUUUUAUUAAUAAAUAAAAAAGGGUGUAUAUAUGAAAUGCUUGAAAGUUCGUUAUGGUACCUGAGUAUGCAGUUUGUUGCUACUUCUCAGUUUCAUACAUCUAUUUCUUUUAUAUAAAUUUCGAAAAAGUGCUGUUAUCAUAGUUUCAUUAGUGUGAUAAAACAGAUUUUAUGUAAAGAGUUUUGUAAAAGUGUAUUUGAUAAGCAUCAAGAUAUUUGUCUAAAGCCUGCUGGAAACCUAACUUUUAUAAAUUUUAAAUAACACCCUUACAACUGUUAAAACUUACUUCUUACAAAUAUGAUGCACAUGAACAACUCAUUAAUUGUUAAAGAUGAAACUGAACGUCUGCUCUAUCAACAGAAAGAAGCUGAUGAAAUUUAAUUACUUUGAUACAUCAGAUUAUUAUGGCCUUAUAUUGAUUAUGGCAAAUUCACUGUGGAAUAAUAUAAGUCACUGAAUCAUACUUUUAAAUAAUAAGUGUUAAGUUUGUCACACUUAUUAUUCACGGUUAAUUAAUUUCAGAUGAAAACAAUAAAUGUUGAAAUGAUGACCUCUCUGGGCCACAAGACAGGAAUAGUCUACAGUUUUGUCAGCAUAGAUCUCUCUGUACUAUUAACAUAAUUGUAAACCAAAAAUAUUUGUCCUUAAUAGCUUUCACCUUUUAUACUGCUGUUGUACAUGUAAAAAAAGAAUAUGAAGAAUAUAUCAGAUAUUUUGAAAAUAAAAAUUAUUUCAAUCUUCAAUUAUUCCAAAGUAAUACAAAACAAUUACUUCCACUGCAUGGAGAAUAAUGCAGUGUAUCAUGGAAUGUUAAAUUUUAGCAAUUUAUAGUACAUUCUCACAAAUCAUUCCUCCCCAAAGGACAAAUGCAGUAUAUUAACAACAGUGGUAAAGAGACUUUUCUCCAUACAUUGCAUCUGAAGCCACUUAAAUAAAUAUUUCCUUGUCUCUCACAAUUAUAGUCAUAUUUUUGGUACUUUUUAUUAGUAGUAUCUCUGUGGAAGCUCAUAUAAAAUGAUGUAAUUACUUUAAGACAUGUAGACAUGUUCAAAAUGUGUAAGUUAUAAUGUAAAUGACAUAAGAAUCGUUUUUGACAGAAAUAAGUCUAUAUAUUUCUUGUUGUCCUUCCAUAUCUGUUGUUGCUUCCUUCUCUUAUGUGUAACAAAUAACUUAUUCUCCUUCAUCUACUUUGCCAGAGUCUAUACGAGUACAUUUGGGCAGUGCAAAACUAAAUAAAAUAUAUAAAAAUAUUAUUGUUAACACAUUAAUGAAAUAUUUAUUACUACAAUAAUAUAUAGUGUACUGUUUGUGUACAUACUGCAUAAAUAUAAAAAUUAUAAAUAAUAUAUUGAACUCAAUAUGUUAAUAUUAUAAAUGGAGUAGCUUGUAAAAUACAUUAUGGCUAGAUGUACGUGUAUGCAUACAUAUAUAAAUAUGUACUUCCUAAAUUGUUUAAAACAAAUAUGUGCCAAAUAUUUUUUCCAUUGAAUGAAGACAUUAAUACAUGGAAAAAUGUAAAACAAA